GUCUUGUGGAACGUAAAUCAUUCAGUUUUUUAUUCUCUGCGAAACUAUACUACAGCAAAUAUCAAAAUGAAAACUGCUCUUGUUUUUCUAUGUGUCAUCGUCGGAACUUUGGCUGCCAGCCUCUCCGAGGAAGAGAAGAAACUUAAAGAGAUCCACGAUAAAUGCCAAGCUGACCCAGCCACUUACGUCGACCACGAACUCUUACACCACCUUGCAGAGAAUAUCAACAACCCCAAAGUUGGUGCCCACAUGCUUUGCGAAUCAAAAGCUGUAGGUCUUCAGAAACCGAAUGGUGAAUUAGACUUGAAUGUCAUCAAACAAAAAAUCUCCCUUACUGUAAGCGACAAGGCGAAAGUAGAAAGGCUGGUUAGAGAGUGUGCUGUGAAGAAGCAAACCCCCGAGAAGACUGCUGUCAACCUAUUCAUGUGCUUGGACAAAGAUGGAGUCACCUAUUUCCAUGAAUUCUAAUAUGUCACCAUUGAAUAGAUAAAUACUGAAAAUUCUGUGUAUAUAUUUUUUGUUAAUAAAUCUUUUUUCUAUGUUACAAAUUCCUG